AUGCAUAGUGCUGCUGUCUUAGCAAAGGAAAAUAAGGAGCUGAGAGCUGGAGCUGAGAAGAAAAAGCGCAAGAAGGAGCAAGCUCUUAUGUUUAAAGCCCAUACGUUUAAAGCUCAUAUGAUUAAAGCUCAUAUGUUUAUAGCUCAGUAUGGAGCUCAAACAGCUGAGGAAGGAAUAGCUAGGCCUCAAGCAAUUGAUCAAGCUGUACAAGGGGGGUUAGAGGAUUCGAACCAGCCGCCUAGAAAUCGAGCUCCACCACGCUGCAGCAAGUGUAAUGUAGUUAGUUGA